UAUUUGUUAAUGAUUCAGCUGCUAGAGAAGAUUUGAACCAUUCUAGUGUAAAAUUUAUUUUUUAUUUUUCUAUUUUAAUUAAGUUAUUGCUGAUUUUCGGGAAUUUUUUUAAUUCAAGCUUUACUAAAAUAACUAUAAAGAAUUCAGUGGUAAAACUUUUGCAGAUAAAUCUUCAGACACGGGAGAUAUGACUGUGACCAUUAUUUUAUCUGUAAUCAUUAUUUAUUUAACGUAUUUACAAUUUGAAUUUUAAUAAAUGAGCUGCUACGAAAUUGCGUGAUAUUCAUUUACGAAUUUAAUAAUAUUCGCGUUUUCAUUUGUAAUUCAAACGCCUACAUAUCUGUCGGCUGAAUGAUUGACUUUAUUUUAGUCUUUGGCUUAUUGCAGUCGGACCUAAAGUAAAAACGUAGCUGUAGAAGUUUGAGCAGCGUGCAAGCUCGGAUACGAGGAAUUAUGAAGCGCGCUGGACAGUAGUGACACCUUGCGACAGUUUCCCAAACUUUUUGUAGCCAGUUCUUUCUCCCGUUCCCACCCUGCCUCAGCUGUCUGCUGUUUACGAAGGGGAGACGGGAUUUCGCGGGAAACUGAUAUGAAUGUCAACGUACUCAUUUUCAGUAGAUAAGAGAACGUGUUUGGUCUAGCUCGGCGUGUAAUUGGUAAUUCUCUGUUAUUAUUUAGCACAGUGAUUUAGCUAGAUGUUUUUUGUUGUAAGCGUGAGAUUUAUUCAGGAAUAAAAUGCCAAAGAAACCUCCACCAAGCAGAGUACACAAAAGAACAAAACUAUCGAAAGCCAUUAGAGCGCUUAGAAAAAAGAAUAAAGAAAGGUAAGAGAUUAUUUUAUUAUAGCUUUUUUUACCAUAUAUUUAUUUUUCAGAGUUGCGUAUGUACGACGCGAUGGACGCGAUGCGACAACAAAAAGAUGUGUUAAAGUGUAAACAUGUUUUUUUUCCAGCAAUGCGUGAACCAUUCAUAAACUAUACUCAACAUGUAUACGUAUAAUUACGUUUGAAUUUUUUUUAUGACAGGCAUCAAUGUUAUUAAGCCACAUUAGACUUUUUUCAGAAAAAUAAGUGUAGCAGAAAACACUCAACAUAGUCUCACACAAAAUCAGUUUACAUGAAUGCAGUUUUAAGAAGUAAGCUACGUAAAUAAUAUUUAAACAUUAUUUAAUAUCUGCUGGUAACGUUUCCAAAGUAUCAGCUUUGCCUUCAUUCACGAACAAUAUUCGUGAGCUUAUUUAUUUAUUUUGCUGGCGUUUCGUUGGCAACUGUUAGGACUGGAAAAUUAGUAAACAUUUUUCACCCUAUCCUAAGUUAAAUCUAAGUGUGUGCGGUUAGAUGAGGACAUAGAUGUGUCUCAGGCUUACGCCUUUACACUCUACUCAUGCGGGGUAUUAACCAUGCGCGUAAGGGCGCGUUGCCAAUGACCUGUAGGAUAGUCUCAACAAUCCUCUACGGACUCGAAAAAUGUCACCUGCUCAUUGGCUACUUGACUUGUGACAACGGUUUGUUGUAAUACCUGUGAUUCAUUGUUAGAGACCUGCAAAAUUCGCGGAUUCAUUUCGUGAUAUGCUACAAAUCAAAUAAUUAUACCUUAGCGCUGCUUCUACCACUGGUUCACUGUUAAUCUGGAGUAAUGACGGCCAAUUAGAGACCCUCGCUCAAAGAAGUGUCGAAUCACAGACACUCAGUCGAGACCACUCACAAGUCAGCAGCCAAUGAACAGGUGGCAUUUGCCCGAGUGUGUAGAGUGUAGUAGAGUCUAUCCUGGAGGUCAUAAUUUUGCAGGUCUCUAUUCAUUGUUGAUUUUGUUGAGGAGUUUUCAGUGAUUCAGAGCCCCCCAUUUAACUGUGGCCGAAUUGAAGAAACAGUACAAAUGUUACAUGCUUGAAUUCAUAGCGAAUCGAAACCACAAAUAUUUACUGAUGUAGUGGUUGGUAAAAAAAAAUAUUAUUCGUAUCGCGUCCAUUGCUUCGCGCCAUGUUAGCUCCUAUAAUAUAUGGAUUUACAAAAUAUAACGAUUCAUUUACGACACUUUAGAUAAGGUGUGUAGGAUUUUAAGAAUUCACUUGAAUUAAUAUUUAAGAACAUAUUUCAGGAUAACUUGUGAAGAAUCUCGUACAGACGGCACCGGUUGUGAUGACUCAUUGUUACCAGAGCAGGGGCCAUCUCGUGUACACGAAGUGACAUGUGAAACCUCAACACAACUCGAAACUCAGUAAGUGUUACAUUGAAAUGUUUCCGCUACAAAUGUUCAGAAAUUAUAAUUUUGAAAUCGAGUAGAAAUAUUCCUGCAAUUAGCAUUAGGUAUAUUUUAAUAGACAUUGAAAGCUAAUCAUUAAGUAGCUUCAAAAUCCAAAUACCAGAAGCUAAAAAGGUUUUAUCUUGAAUGCGUACUGCCUGAAAUAGCUGAUCCCAGGCAUGUCAGAAUGCUGCGAGUGGCGAUACGUCAUUGGUAAAUGCCAGGGUGGUGCGUGAUUGUACAUUUUAUUUUGUAAUUUUUUUAUGAAAAGGUAGGGUAUUACAUAAAUUUAAUGUAACUGCAUUUUGAUAUCACCUCAUACUGUGUUUAUUACUUUGCAGUGAGUACGAGUCUGGAGAAGAAACAAUUCCAGAUAGUGAUGAAUGGUUGCCACAACUAACAGUUACAACAGAACCCGCGGUUGUUGAAAUCACUGGUCGACGAAUAGUAAAUAUUAGUCACUUACUAAAACAACUAACAGAGCUGGCAAAACAUGGCAAUGUUUGCACUCAGGGACAAUACAAGAUUACUUCAGAAAGGAGGGUUGGCGUGAUGAGUUACUUAUAUUACGAGUGUAUAAUGUGUGAGAAAACUGUGACUGUAACAACAGAAGAAGAUACGAGAAAAGAAGAAGUCAACGACGCUUUCGUGUGGGGUGCAUUGUCAGUUGGAAUUGGCCAUUAUCAAAGUCAAGAGAUGAUGGCCAUCUUGGACGUUCCCAUCAUGGAUAAGCGAAAAUGGCAAAGACAUGAAAUUCGUAUUGAAGAGGUCUGGGAAGAAAAACUGGAGACAUACAUGCAAAAAAAUGGAACAGUAGAGAGAAAGAAGGCCUUGGAAAGAGGCCACGUAGACAACGAUGGCGUUCCGUACAUCUCUGUUUAUGUAGACGGUGCAUGGUGUAAGCGAACAUACGGACAUGCUUUCAACGCAGCAUCAGGGGUUGGCCACCGGACAUACAAACUGGAAGUGUCAUUUUCUAUGGCCACCAACUCAGCCUACUGAAAUGAUGCCUGGAGUAAAGAAAAAAAGGGACCUGUGGUUCAGGGAAAAACCGUUGUUUAUCAAGCAAGAGUGGGGUGUUUAUUUCAACUAGAAGAAAGAAAAACAAAGGGGAAAGUUUGCAGAAAUGGAGAAGCAAGGAAAAAUUUAAACUCCAAGAAAGGGACAGCACCGAGACUUGCUUCUCUGGUAUUUUACGAAAGUCACCAGAAAAGUAUCAGCAGUCAACUAAUUUUUCUGAAAAAACACCUGAACAACAGAAAGUUCUAGCAGCAUCGUGUUCCACUAAUAAGUGUCAGUCGGAACAGCAACAAGUUACCCCAGAUGGUAGCAAUGUGGAUACUGAAGCGUCGUUUGUAAUAUCUGGAAGAAGGAUAACUGACAUUGAUUAUUUUUUUAACAGACUAAAAGUUUUGUGUAAUCAUGGACCACUAGGAUGUGGCAUACAAAACUUAGUUAUCACAAAUGAAGCAAGAAGAGGUCUCAAUUCAAUUUUCAGUGUGAAAUGUAACAUGUGCAACUUUCAAGAUACUCUACACACAGAAAACCCAAAAAGUGAUUCUAUGGACAUAAAUACAGCUGCUGUAACGGGAUCAGUCUGUAUUGGCAUUGGACACAGGCAGUUGGAAGAACUCACUGCUGCCAUGGAUAUACCAACAAUGUCCGCAAACACGUAUGCUAAAUAUCAUGACAAAGUGAGUGAUGGCUGGGAAAAAACUGCAAUAAAAGAAAUGGGAAUUGCAGUUCAACGAGAAGCACAGUUAGCUGUGGAACGAGGCGAUGUCGACGAAGAUGGAUUCCCAGUUUUGACAGUCAUUGCCGAUGGUCAGUGGUCUAAAAGGUCAUACAAAAACAGCAAUUAUAGUUCGCUCUCAGGAGUUGCUGCCAUCAUCGGAUUUUACACACGAAAAGUUUUGUUUAUCAGUGUGUGAAACAAAUAUUGUACAAUGUGCGCUCGAGCAGCAGCUAUGGGCGUAGAAGUUAAAGAACACAUUUGUUACAAAAAUUGGUCAGGAAGCUCCAGCAGUAUGGAAGCAGAUAUUAUAUUGGAGGGUUUUAAAGCAAGUGUGGAAAUGUAUGGAGUGAAAUAUGGGACGCUUAUUGCAGAUGGUGACUGCAGUGUUUAUAAUAGCAUUGUGACUGCAAGACCUUAUGGAAAUUUGACUGUUAACAAAAUAGAGUGUCGCAACCAUAUUUUAAGAAAUUACUGUAACAAACUAAAAGACAUCACAACAAACAGUUCUUUGAAAAACAUAUCUCUGAGAAAAGCACUGGGGUCAAAUAUUUUAAGAAUGAGAGGUGCCGUGAAAGGAGCUGUACGUCAUUGGCAGAAUGAAAAUGUCAGUGAAUACGAAAAAAUAGUAGGCCUGCGAAAAGACCUCAAAAACGGACCCAAGCAUGUAUUUGGUGAACAUUCCGAGUGCUCAGAAUAUUUUUGUAAUGGAGCCAAGAAUAAUGAAAUCAAUUUUGUUCCACUUUUAGAAGAAAGCGGAAUUUUGCAUACCAUAGAAGAUGUUGUAAGUCACUGUAUACUGCGAAAUGCACGAAGUCUCUUGAAAGAUGUGGACAGCAAUUCUGUUGAACAAUUUAACUCGAUUGUUGCAAAAUUCAUCGGCGGCAAACGUGUGAAUUUUUGCCUGAAGAGAGCUUACUCUGCAAGAAAUUACGCUGCAGUCGUAUCUUACAACACAAAUACUCCUAUCUACAAACUUCACAAAACAAUGUAUGAAAGAAGCCCUGGAAAGUACGUGAAAAGACUUGAAAACAAAAGGAAAGCAGUAUUGGAAAUACCCCGAAAUAAUGCAAAGAAAAGAAAGACAAUUAGCUUAAAAGUUAUUUCUUCACAAGAUAAGCAUUACGGACCAUGUGCGCAGAAGCCUGACUUGACAGUUGACGACUACGAAGAGGCAAAGUCAAUGUUUCUAAAGAAUCUACCUGCAACUGCAGAGCAACGUGAAGAGUUGGAAAGAGGUACUCUACUACAAAGAGACAGUGGGCGAUGGAAAGAAGUGCGUCGGAAAUUGCUUACAGCUUCUAAUUUUGGAUCAGUUUGCAGACGACUUCCUUAUACACCAUGCGACAAACUUGUUGUCAGUAUGUUGUAUGGAAAUUUCGACACCGAUGCCAUGUUGUGGGGAAGAGAAAAUGAAAUGAACGCCAUUCAAGAAGUUGAGAAAAUACUUUCAGUCAAAAUCAAACCAUGUGGACUAUUUGUAGACCCAGAACAUUCAUUUUUAGGUGCAACCCCGGAUGGAACUGUUGACUCUGAUGGCCUUGUUGAAGUUAAGUGUCCAUCGUCAGCAAAAGAAAUUUCUCCUGACGAUGCUAUACUAUCUAGAAAAUUCACAUUCUGGAAUGUAAAGGAUAAAACACAUGUUGUGUUAUCAACAAGAAGCAUGCUUAUUACUAUCAAGUUCAGGGUCAGCUUCAUGUUACCAGGAAAUUGUACUGUAUUUUUUGUCUGUGGACUCCAUUGGGCUCAAAAAUAGAAAAAAUUUAUCGAGACGAUAAUUUCUGGAAUUUUCAGAUGAAAGAAAAACUUAUGUCUUUUUAUAUGGAUUGUAUGCUUCCAGAAUUAGUAGACCCCAGGCAUACCCGCUCGAUGCCCAUUAGGAACCCAAUUUACAUCCUUCAAGCUAUUAAAGAAAAAGAGGAGAAAAGGAAAACUUCUUGCGCAGAAAAGCAGACCAAGAAAUCUGUACGAAGGAUGUUAUGAAUUAGGCUACGCCACAGUUUGAUUUUUUGUGGUGAUAUAAAAUAAAUUUUCUUGCUAGGGAAUGUUCAUUUUGAAUUGAGCAUUUUUAAAUGUCAGCGUAGAAUAUGCUUAUCUGCCCAUUUUGUUUCUUCCAUAAUAAUGAGUAAAGUUAACAUUGUCAUAGACAUUUUAUUAUAUUCGUUUGCCGUCCAAGUACAAACGUCACACUAUAUCGCACGUAAUUAUAUAUUUUACUAAUUUGUUAGUUGCGAUUUUAUUUAAGUUACAAAUAACAGUAAUAAAAAUUAUUACUUAAUAGUCCAGAAUAGAGAUUGAGUUAUUAUUCAUUUAAUAGGGGUUUAAAAUAUGGUACUACAUACCUACAUACUUAUAUUAUCUUGUUGUCUUCUUUGUAACUUUACUGGAAUAAUGGCAUUUGGUAUGUAUGUUAACUCACAAUGAAAAUAAUUCAGAAGUACUCAAUUAACAGUGAACAACCUAGGCCCUAUACUAAUUUCAUUAUUUUGAUGGAAAUAUAAUUGAAAUUACUAAUAAUGAACUGUAUGUGUUUCACGUAGAGAUAUCGUACGAACUGUAUGUGGUACAGACCAACAUUCGCUAAGACUCUGUAAAUAAUUAAUUUCAGUUAAUGUGUAGAGAAUAUUAAAAGUUAGAAAUAAUGAUAUAGGUAUAUAAAACAAUGCAAAGUUAUUAGCAUAAAAAUAGAAGUAAUUUUUACGUAGCACCUACUGGAAUGAGUAUUUUGUGUUGAAUUAUGUGGCAUGAUUAAUAUUCUAUUAUGGUAUGUGUGUUUUGUUAAAAUCUUAUAAAACAUAACUUACUGUUGAAUGAUUUUCAUUUUUUGUGAUGAUCUUACUUAAACAAGUUUUAAUUAUAUUACACAUGUAUAUUUUAAAAGUAUUUUAAUGUAUACUUAUAGAAUUGUAAUAGGCUUUAUACGGACUCUCACGAUGCAUGUGAGCAUCUAUAAUUAUCUACAUCACCAUUAUGGCCGUUUCACAAUAUCAAAUAUUUAUUGAAUUCAAUCAGUUGCAUUCAUUGUGCAUGAUUUUCGAUAUGUACAUUGAAUUCAAUACAAAUGGAAGAUGUUACUCAACUAAGCUUAUUCUUAUUAACUUAUAAGUAGUUUGUUUGUUCAGUACAUAAAAGUAAAAGAAUCUUUAUUAUUUAAAUAAUGAGCAUCUAUAAGCAAUAACGUUUUCUAAAUAAACAUAAUGGAAUAUAUUUUUUCAAUACUUUAUAUCUACGAUCACAUCAACGGCAGUAUUAUGUAAUCAAUGAGGUAAUGACAUAUCUUAAAAGGAUAUUUUCUCCUCUGUAAAGUAAAUUUGUAAUGCAGCCCUCUUAAUGUUAGUCUUGUAAGUUAUUUCGUCUUUCUAAUAUGCUACAGCAAUAUAUAAAAUUAGGUUUUGUUUGUGUUUUAGUUUUGUGUAAUGUUAAAGUGUAAUGUAAUCAAUUCAAUAUUUUUUUUGUAAAAUUGUAUUCAUAAAGGUACAUAUCGUAAUAAGAUAAAUAGUAAUAUUUGUAAAUUUAAAUUCUUUGAAACAAAGUCGAUAAGAGGUUCUCCUACCUCUGUUAAACUGUAUGAUGGUGCAUUGUAAAAAAUUAGCCUGACUUAAGUGAGAUUGUAUUUGGAUUGUGUGUAAUGCAUAUGCAAUAUCUAAGCAUAUGAAUUUAUGUUAUCCUUUUAAAACGUUACAUGAUGAAUUUCGUAUACUUUUUAAUGUCAACUAACAUUAUUUUUCACGGAAUAUUACAUCCAGAUAAAGAAUAAUUACCAUAUGUUUGAAGAUUAAUUGUAUUCCGAUACGUUUAAAGUAUUAAAAUUUUUAGAUUUGACUCAUACUAUAGUUGUAUAAGUGAGGUUUCUUGAUUCUGAAUCCCUGCAUCCGCAAUUUCCUAGUGAGCCGCCGGUCAGAUUGUCAUCCUCUCAGAUUGUCGAGGAACCAGAUACAUUUUUCGUCGAGUAAGUGGAGCUGUCAACCUUCCCACUAAUCCUGUGAUAAGGGUAUAGUAGUUUUAUCACGCGCUGCGGCUACAGUUCCUUCGGUUGAAUAAGCCACUAAAUCUCACUGUUAAAAGAGAGAACUUCUAGGGCAGAAUAUUGGAAAUAAACAUUUACUGACACGGCCUCUUAAUAUGUGGUAGCUCAAUAUGCUAAAAUUGUAUUGGAAUAUUUGGCAUUUAUACGUUACAAACAAAAUUACGUGCUGAAAAUUAUGUUCAUUUAGAGGACGCUUUGCAUUCAAUGAACAUAGCGAUAUUCUUGGGCAAAUUAUAAUACUGCCAUCAUCGUUUACUGGAGGACCAAGGUAUAUACAAGAAAAGAUACAAGAUGCAAUGACAUACGUGACAAAUUAUGGAAAACCUGGCCUCUUUAUUACAAUGACAUGUAAUCUGUAUUGGCCAAAAAUAAAAAAUAACCUCUGACCCAGGGAUGCCACCAAGAAUGGUUAAAAUCCUGUAUUAGACUAUAAAAAAUCCUGUAAGAAGAAAAUAUCUGUAAACAGGUUUUUCAUUCACGCCAAAUUUUUUUUACAGCUAAGACACAGGAGAAAACAAAGUAUUAUAAGCAUAUUUCUUCAAAAAUAGCUUUUCCUUCAUUCCAGUUGCAUAAACCUAAUUAAAAUAAUAAUAAUAAUAAUGAAUGUAGAUAAAAAAUUGGUUGUCUGUAAAGUCGGUUUACGGACGAUAGUUUAACGUGACAACGUCAUAACAAAACAUUGAUGAAAUGAUUGAUCCAGAAGAAAAGGAAAUAUAUUCGGUCUGAGACUGAGCCGUAAUAGGUUUUUGCAACCAAACCAGUUAGGCAUUAAAAAUAUUAUAUUCUUUGAGGAAGAAAUUUUUUUUUUAAUUUUUCUAUCUUUUGUAUGAUAAAAUCUACCUCUGCAUACUUUUAUGAAUAACAUUAAAUCAUUUUUAUUGAAUUAUCACUAUUUUGUAUGGAUACAAAGGAGUGAAAUGAAAUGUACAAUUUAAUUAAUAAAUUUACUUUUAUUUGCAUUCAUUAAUUCAAAUAUAUUUAUUACUUUUGAAAUGUUGCGUGCGCUGUAUUUAUUUUUACAAGUACAAAAAAAAAUUCCGCAGCUGCCGGGUUUCGAACCGACAACCUUUUGAUUGGAAGUUAGCGGUGCUGACCGCCAGGCCACGAGGUCAUGCUUGAAAUAUAGUUUCAGAUGGUAUAUACAGUUUAUAAAAAUUUUGUUCACAGUAGGGGAAUAAUAUUAUUUCGUUUUUAUAACACAAUUUUAUAACAAAUACGCAUGCCAAAUACACCAAACUUAUUUAUAAUGUGUUACAAUAUUUUUUAAAACAUUGUGCAAAAUAUCACGGGUGUAAUUUGAAUUAUUAUGUGUAACUGUACAACACCAUUGUUGGUUCAAAACGUAUUUGAAUAUUCAACAUUACUUUUAAAUAACUGUACCUAUUGGGCUGAAAAUUGGUGGACAAUCGUUAAAUUACAUAAUAUUAAUAAUUCAAAUGACGAAAAUAUGAUUGAAAAGUCAAAUCGAUGGUUGUUCCAAUCGAGUGGAAGAGAGAUGCCACGCAUGCGUACAAUGAGCAAACAGGACACAUACGUAGUGGGACAUCCGUAGUGGGACACUUUUUCGUGCGUGCAGCCAGCGUUCAUCGAUUUAUUAGACGUUGUCACUUCAAAAACGGAUAAGUUUACAUGUGAAGAGUUAAGUACCAGUAUGAGGUUCUCACAAAAAUCACUUUAAAAAUAUACACACAGACUAUGACAUAUUUGCAGGCAUUUCUUGCCUGAACACUCCAACUGCUUGACUUCUUCAGGUUCCUAGCUUUUUUUCUCAGCUCAGUGGGUUUGAAUUCUAGCCCCAAAUUUUUUGUUCUAUUGUGGCAGUGCAACAAUGCAUUCAACAUUGGCAUUUCUAAACAACAGCGACCGUUUUACCGGGUUUCAGCCACUUUCAUUCUUCCCACUCACGUUUAUAUCGUUGUUUAUACAGCGUUUGAUCUGGAGAUGCCUUGCAUUUUCUUUCCAUUUCUUUCAAUUACAAUCCCCACAAAGAUGCAAGCCGAAUUUUUUGUACGUAACAAUUUCUUUAAAAUUAACAACAAACUGUUUCCAUCAUAGAAAUCAUGAUUGCAUGGUAUAACAACACAGACUGUAAAAACACCGUCACAGAUAUCACUUCGCACAAAUAUUACUGGGCGUGUUCCGUUACACGCACGAACGCACCAUCACGCAGAAGAGAGAAACAGAAUACGGUGUCUAAAACAACUGUCAUAGAUAUUACGAUGCACGGUAUACUUUCAUCCGUGAAAUAAAAAAAUGCUUCCAGACAUAAAAGGUAGAGCGUGAAUUGUUUAUCUUAGAAAAACUGAAACGACGUAGCAAAGUGAAGUGUCUCUUGAUGACAUGUUAUCUAUGAAGUGAAGCGGGAGCAGUAAGUAAAUAUUUAUGUUUGUGCGUUCGUCAAUUAAAAUAUCAGUGAUUCGAAGUGCUUAUUCGUUAAUCCGGUGUAACUCCAAAAUACAUAUCAGUGAAAACGGAUAAAAUUCGUAAAAACGGCAACCCUGGGCUAUACUAUCACCUACAAAUGAGCAAGUUAGUAAAAUGAUUUGAUUCUUUUAAAUAUUAAAGCAUCAUCACAAAUAUACUACUCAGUUGACACAGUCGUGGAUAGGGAGGCAGUACAUUAUACAUUUGAAUUUUUUAAUUCUUUGAUGCCUCACGAAAUUCCUCCUCACAAAUUAAUAUUAAAAGUAUGUUCACCUAUUAUAUUACUACAAAAUUUUAACCCACCUAAACUAAGCAACAGUACAAGACUCAAAAUAGUUAAUUUAAGAAAUGUUUUGAUUGAAUGUGAAAUAAUAACUGGCUACGAAACUGGUGAAACUGUUCUGAUACCAAGAAUACAGAUGAUACCCUCAGAAUUUCCUUCUCAGUUCAAACUGCUCCAAUUUACAAUUAAAUUAGAAUUUGGGAUGAAUAUUAAUAAAGCACAAGAUCAAACUUUAAAAGUUGCUGGAAUUAACUUAACCACUCAAUGCUUUUCAUACAGCCAAUUGUAUGUUGCCCUGUCACAUGUAACAUCUAAAUACAGUAGAACCCCGAUUAUCCGUGUUAAUGAAGGGGACGAGUGAGUCGGAUAAUCGAAAAUCGCAGUUAGCCGAGUCAUGCUUGCCUCAAAGGUCAUUAGCCCACAGACAGCCAUCUGUAGACAUUCGGAGAUUACAUAUAAAUAUACACAUGCUUUGUGUGCGUGUGCAUUGUUGACAUAUAAGCGGGCUGCUUAGUGCUGGACAGAAGUGGUUUUUAAGUCUUUCAUGUGCGGAGACGUGGGUAGCGAGUCGUUUUUGCACUGAGGUGUGUGGCUAGCCGCCCGGCCAGUCCGAGGGCCCAAGACAGCUGAUAGCUGCCAAGGUCACGCAUACUUUUCAUCGCUCGUAAGCGACGCUGCCACACUUCACUCAUUGCUCUGUUGUCAGUAACACCUUCGGGCAGGUUAUUGUUUUACAGAACGACUGCCUUUAAAAUUUUUUUCGAGAUAUGGUUUUGAAACGGUGUCUCUGUCUCGUAUAAUUCACUGUGUUUUUAUCCCCCUUUAUUUAUAUGAAUUUUAAAUGUUAGAUUUUUUUAUUUUUAGAUUGCUGAACGUGGAAUUGGUGCAAAAACGGCCUAUUAUGAAAUAGGGUUGCAGAUGGGUCGGAAAUCGUAUAACGACCACCUCUCUAUAACGACCCUAAUCUCUGGAACCGUGAGGGGUCAUUACAUCUAUUCUCUGUUCACUCUUAGCCGAGUUUUGAAAUAAACAAAUACCGUCGUAUCACUGCGCCGCGUCAGCAAGUGAGAGGCUGAAUUUAUCUUGCGUGUCAAGCACUCGUUGCAAAACACACACUUCAGUACAGUCGGUGCUAAUAAAAUAAGGGAGAAGUAAUAUAACAAGAAAAUGGUGCCGUUACCGUUCAGGACACAAAAGCUAACCAUGUUUAUUUUUUGAAUAAUCGAUAAAAUAGCACCGUAACGUAAGACAACAAUAUGAUAGUGUUACGAUUUGAUACUCACCUAAUCACUAUCUGGCAGUGGUGCUAUCCCUUCCAGACUUGAAUCACUAUUUUUGUCACUACUGUCGUCACUGUCACCAAGAAGAAUGAUUUACUGGCGCCUACAGCGUGACUCACAUUCACAGUGCGGAGUUGAAGUGGAGUGGUUUGCAAUUUAAAACAAAGGAAUUCGGUACAAACUUUUACAAAAGUUAUCUUAAGAACAUUAUAAAACUAGAUGUUUAGAACUUUGAACACAUUUUAAGCAUUUUAAGGAAAAUAUGUUAAGUCUCGUACAGUUUUUUUAAAGAAGUCUGUUACUUUUUUCUGUCGUGACUUGUUUAUUUUUCGUUUGAUGUUUAAACUUACUUUUCUUAAUGUUUGAAUAUCUGAGAACUCACUACAGUAAAACCUCCAUUAACGAAUAUUUUAUUUAACAAAAACCCCAUGCAACGAAAUAAAAUUUUGGUCCCGCCGAACCGCCAUAAGAUCAAUGCUGUUUUAACCUCUAAAUACCGAAUUUUAUUUGUUCCGAAAUAGUGAAAUUCCCUUUACAACGAACUGCCGCUUUUGAAAAACACACAAAACUAAACAUCUCCUACAAGACAUCCACUAAUUUUUUUGCAUUCACUGCUUAAAAAUACGUGUGUAUAACCUUAAAAUAAUAUGCACCAUCGCGGAAGAAAAUAAAUAAACAAAGCAUCAUGGAUAACAGACGUCGUGUAUACAUGCUACACUUUGUUCAAAAUGGCGGGAACAUUUAGCGCUAGUGGCGGAAACCUCUCGUACCAUCGCUCUGGCAAAACGAACUAGUAUAUUUUGCGUUUCUAUGGUUAAAGAUGCGCACACGCAAAUAUUUUUAACUAUGGUGUAGUUAAAUUUCCGUUUUUUUAGCUUUCACUGUUUAUUUAUUUCCAAACAUAGUUACGGAUAUCAACACGUUACUACUGUAAAAUGAAUUCUAAUCCUAAAAAGUGGCGACAGAUUGACGUUAAAAUAAAAUUAGAAAUGUUAAAUGCAGUUGAUGAAGGUGGGAAAAAAAGUGAUAUAGCUAAACGUUUCAACAUCCCGGCGUCUACACUUUCGACCAUAUUAUCCAACCAGGAACAGAUCGAAAACAACGCUUCUCUGGUAAGGACAAAUCGAAAACGUGUGAGUAUGUAAGAAUGAUGAUUUGGACAAGAUACUUUUUGACUGGUUAAUAGAGGCUAGGGCAUCCAACGUCAACGUCUCUGGGCCGAUUUUACAAGAAAAGGCACGCCAGUAAGCACUGGGGAUGGGAAUAAAUAAUUUCCAAGCAUCAAAUGGUUGGCCAUUAAACAAGUGUAUUCUAUGUACUUUUUCAUGGUUAAUUCCUCAUAUCGUAUUAAAGUCAGAAAGACAGUUCUAGCCAUUUAUGUGAACCUUUAUGAUGACUAGAAAUAUAUUGUGCGAAACCUCCAUUUAACAAACCCCUUUACAACAAACACAACAAAUUUUGGUCCCUUGAGAUUUGUUAAAUAGAGGUUUCACUGUAUCUUCUUCCUGUUCCAUAAACUGUAAAAGUGUUUCUGUUGACUAAUGCAGUUUGCAGAUUCACACGUUUUGCUGGAGUCAAAUCUUCCCAGUCACCCUCAUCACUUGAACUGACAUCGGCGGCCGCGCAUGUGUUCGAACUGACAAUGUCAUCAUCACUUUUAAUUUCAUACCCAGGAAGCAAGACGUCAGUUUGUAGCCAUUCCUCUAUGUUUUCUUUAUGAACAUGAGCAAAUUGCUCAUUGUUUUUUAUAGUCGAUUGAAGCGACUCAGCAAAGCUUUCCGUCUCAAUGUCUUCUUUUUAAAAGCUGUGAAAGUUAUCAGCUGAACCUUCAAUGUCACAAUACAACUUCCUCCAAGAUCUGACUAUGUUUACUUUCGAGACCAUUCCCCACGCCUUAAAAACAAGAUAAAUUGCUUCCAUUAAGUUCAUGUUUUUCCAAAACUGAACCAUUGCCCUAUCUUCCUCCAGCAGUAAUUUUGAUAGUUCUCGUCGGUAAUGCCUCUUUAAUGUUACAAUUACACCUUGAUUCAUUGGCUGAAUGAGCGCAGUCACAUUUGGAGGCAAAUAGGAUACAAAAAUGUUUCCAUCUGCUGAUUUCAACUCGUUUUCAUUUGGAUGAGACGGUGCAUUAUCUAAGAAAAGCACUGCUUUGACCGGUAAACCUCUUGACUUCAAAAAUUCAGAAACAUGCGAGUGGCAAAGGAUAUAGAAAAACAAGUUAGUGAAAAUGAUUCUGAUGUAGAUGAAUUUUUUUUUAAUUUUUUAUUUUUGGCGGAGGUGACAUCCGAAAGUAGGGGUCAGCCUCACUUUGAAGUCUGGUUCUAUUAAGGUAUAAAUGGAAUAAUAAACAUCAACCUUAAAAUAUUUUAUAAAACUAAAAGGAACAUUUAAAUAAAAAUAAAUUUCUGUAAGACUAUAUUACUUCUGUUAUAAAAGUAUUUUUUCCUUAAUAUAAUUAGUAGUUCUUGUAUGUUGUUUAAACUAUGUGAGUCGCAAUCAACAGUCAAAUUUUAAGAAAAGACAGCAUCUGUAUAAAUAAUGGACUGUAUAAGGACACAACUAAAAUUACUUUAACAGCAGCCUAAGAUAAAAAAAGGUUUACAAAUGACAAUAAUAAUUAUUAACAUAAACAAAAUUCUCAUCUUUGUUAACUGAUCUAUGUUCAUAGCUUUAAAUUCUUUAUAAGAGACACUUUCAAUCACAGUAAUCUACACAUUAUGAAUUUUGAGUUGCAAACCUACCUCCCUACUCGUAAAUUCUUUAUUUAUUUUUAUUAACUUAUUCUAAAAUCACUCUAAUACUUGCUGUAGAAAAAAAUUAUCUGAAAACUAAUAGUAAUUGAUAAACACUGUUUAUAAACAUAUGUACAGUAGGUGUGUGUUCUUUACUGUCUGUGCUGAACUGAAAUACCCUGUUUUAUCACAUAUCGUCGCACCUAUAUUUUAGGGCGUAAAAAUUUGGAUGAAAAACCUCUCGCGUAAACGUCGCAUGAUAUUUUUGGUCCCGCUAUUGGAUUCCGAGAGCUUUGUGUAGGUAUCUUUUCCGUAUAAAACAAUGUAUUUUAAAGUAGAAAUCUAAUAUUCAUUCGAACAUAACCACAUUACCGCCUGUACACACGUACCCUGUAAAGUUAAUUGUUUUAUUAGUGAAGAACUUGAUAAUGGUGAUUGUGAAGGACGCAUAUAAGUGUUUGGGGUGGAUAGUGGCUGCCAUUGUGCUCUGUGAAAUUUCGGCCAGGAAGAAUAAGAACAGUUAAAACCAGUGAAUAUUUUUUGAGAGUGUUUAUUUCUUUGUUAAAUCAAAGAGCAUAAAAUAUUUUUAAAACUUAAAACAAUAUUGAGAGUGUUUAUUUCUUUCUUAAAUCAAAGAGCGUAAAUAUUUAUAAAACUUAAAACAAUAUUUUGGCAUUCAGCAUAAUGUUUCAAGUGUUGAUCUGUAUGUAAAAGUCAUGAGCUGAUAAAGUAUUGUUGGGAUCUGAACAAUACAUAUUAAGAAAUAACCAUCCAAUCACGCACAGAGUUCUGCACAUACCUUCCCCGUUGUCCCGCGGCCUGCGAGGAGGAGGCCCGCGCAUACCGGGACCAACACCACCACCACGGCGAGGAUAGUACCACUGGCGGUAGCCGCGU